CACUGCUGGGCACUGACUGGCGGCACUGACUGGCACAGCCCCUGGGCACUGACUGGUGGCACUGACUGGCAGCACUGCUGGGCUGCACUGGUGGGUGGCACUGGUGGGCAGCACUGGUGGGUGGGCACAGGUGGGUGGCACUGGUGGGCACAGGUAGGUGGCACUUCUGGGCACAGGUGGGUGCACUGCUGGGCACAGGUGGGUGAUCUGCUGGGCACAGGUGGGCGGAGCUAGUGGGCGCACUGCUGGGCACAGGUGGGCGGAACUUGCGGGUGGCACUGCUGGGCACCAAUCAUCAGGGCACUGAUCAUCAGUGCCCUGAUGAUCGGUGCCGAUCCCCGCUCUGACAACUGCCGGUUCUCGGCAGUACUUUCCUCACGAUCUGACAGCGUGAGGAAAGUGCAGCCGAGAACCGGCACUUGCAU